UAAGGAUUUAGAAGCAGACAGAAGUACCUAUCAAUGUAACAUCUGCAGGAAAAAUUUCAACCAAGCAUAUCCCUUACAAACCCACAUGAGGAGGGUACAUGGAGAUGGUAAAUCUUAUAGAUGUGGCUUGUGUUAUGUUUGUGGAAAGGUAUUCAAAAACUUACUCAAACAUCUGAAGAAGCAUAACUGGGAUAAAGAAAAACCUUAUAAAUGUGAUGUGUGUGGAAUGUCUUUAUCAGGAAAAUUAUGGAGACACAUGAUGACACACACUGGCGAAAAACGUUUUAAAUGUGAUAUUUGUCAGAGAAAAUUCAGAGCAAAAUCCAAUUUAAAGGUACAUUUGAGAACCCACACAAGAGAAAAAGCACGUAACAAUGGAAGCUGUGAGUGUGCUGUGUGUGGUAAGUUUCUAUCAGGUCAUUUAAAAAGACAUAUGAUCACACAUACUCGAGAUAAAAACUAUAAAUGUGAUGUAUGCCAGAUGAUGUUCAGGCACAAGUCAGAUUUAGAGAAACACAUGAUAAGACACACAGGUAAAAACCCACUUAAAAAUGGUGUUUCUGACGAAUUUCCCGCUCAACGUUCUGUUUUUCCAAACCACCCACUGUCACUUAAAGGUGUCAGAAAUUCCAAGUGUAAGGAGUCCUGUAGGAGUUCACGCAAUUUAAGUAGGCCAAAUAGAAGGUAUUCUCGAGAAGCUCUAGAUAAAUGUUACACAAGAGGAAAAGUGAUGAAUAAUUUAAGGUAUAAACCGAGAAACAAGAAAAGGGAUACAAGAGAAACACUUCUUACAUGUGCUAAGUGUGAAAAAACGUUAAGCAAAAAUGGACAUCAGAAGACACAUGAUGGUAAAAUACUUUGCGAUGAUUGUCAGAAACAAUUGAGGACGCAAAAAAGUGGUAAACUUAAGGAAUGUUAUGUAAAGUUAUUCAAAGAUGAUUGUCAGAAACAACUGAGGACGCAAAAAGGUGGUAAACUUAAGGAAUGUUAUGUAAAGUUAUUCAAAGACAUCGAAGGGUUUAACAAACAAAUAAGGACCAACACGGGUGAUAAAAUUCAUCAUUGCAAUGACUGUGGAAAAGUAUUCAAGGAUUCCCGAAAUUUUCAGAGGCAUAAAAUAACACAUACUGAUAAAAAGCCUUAUGAAUGUGAUGUGUGUGGAAAGAAAUUUAACCAAUCAGGUAACUUGCAGAGACACAAGGGGACCCAUAAAGGUCAAGGUCAAAAAACCUUUAUAUGUGAUGUCUGUGGGAAAACAUUCAAUCGAUCAGACCACUUAGAGGUACAUAUAAGAAAGCAUAAUUAUGGUGAAAUGCCACGUGCCGGUGAUGUGUAUGGAAAGUCAUUCAAUGAUUUAUGUAGAUUCAAAAUGCACUCCGGGAUUCACACAGGUGAGGAACCUCAUAAGUGUGAUGUAUGUGGAAAGGCAUUCAGACAAUUAAAAGGCUUAAGGAAACACGUAAAACACACACAGGUGAAAAACCUUUUGGGUGUGAUGAAUGUGGAAAGGCAUUCAGCAGAUUGGAUAACUUAAAGCGUCAUAUGAGGACACAUACAGGUGAAAAACCUUUUGAAUGUGAUGUGUGUGGAAGGCCAUUUAGCAGAUCGUAUAGCUUAAGGCAUCACAUGACGACACAUACAGUAGAAAAACCUUUUACCUGUGAUUUGUGUGGGAAAGCGUACAAAAAGUCGGAUUACUUAAAGCGUCAUAUGAGGAUACACACAGGUGAAAAACCUUUUGAAUGUGAUGUGUGUGGAAAGGCAUUCAGCAAAUCGUUUUCUUUAAAGUAUCACAUGAGGUCACAUACAGGUGAUAAACCUUAUGCAUGUGAUUUGUGUGGAAAAGCGUACAUGCAGUUUUAUGACCUAAAGAGACAUAUGAGGACGCACAGAGCUGAAAAACCUUUUGAAUGCAUUGUGUGUGGAAAGGAAUUUAAGCAAUCGGAUACUUUACGGAAACAUAAGAGGCUGCAUUCAAUCCAAAAUCGUUAUGGGUGUAACAUAUGUGAGAAAAUCUUCAGUCGAUUUGAUAACUUACAGAGACACAUAAACAUACACACUGGCAAGAAUCCUUUUA